UUAUUGCUGCAGACUCUCAUAGGACGUGUGUGUGUGUGUGUGUGUGUGUGUGUAUGUGGAUUGUUAAUUUCUUUUUCUACUGCAAACAAACCGCCUUUUCUAUCGGAUAUAUUUCUUCACUUCCACUUCGAAGUUGAACCUGGUUUUUUUUUUUUUUUUUUUCUUUUUUUGUGUGUGGGGAAACCUCGAAGAGGAGAUAAAAAAAAAAGCAAGACUCAAAGAAGAAGAAGAAGAAAACACACAAACCUGGAGGAGGAAAAGGGCGUUCAUACUUCGAAGUAACCAUGGAAGUUCCUGGUAUGCAGAGUUCUCAGAUUGAUCCGGAGGAGUUGUUCACCAAAUUGGAUCGGAUUGGAAAAGGAUCUUUUGGAGAGGUGUUUAAAGGUAUCGAUAAUCGCACUCAGAGUGUUGUUGCCAUUAAGACCAUUGACCUGGAGGAGGCUGAGGAUGAGAUCGAGGACAUCCAGCAGGAGAUCACAGUUCUCAGUCAGUGCGACAGUCCGUUCAUCACCAAGUACUACGGCUCCUAUCUGAAGGGCAGUAAACUAUGGAUCAUCAUGGAGUAUCUUGGUGGAGGCUCAGCGCUCGACUUGCUCCGGGCGGGCCCGUUUGAUGAGUCUCAGAUUGCCACCAUGCUGAAGGAGAUCCUGAAGGGGCUCGACUACCUGCACUCUGAGAAGAAGAUCCACAGAGACAUCAAAGCUGCCAACGUCCUGUUGUCGGAGCACGGUCAGGUGAAGCUGGCGGACUUCGGGGUGGCCGGUCAGCUGACGGACACGCAGAUCAAGAGGGAAACCUUCGUGGGAACGCCGUUCUGGAUGGCUCCCGAGGUCAUCCAGCAGUCCGCCUACGACUCCAAGGCCGAUAUUUGGUCGCUGGGCAUCACGGCCAUCGAGCUCGCCAAGGGUGAACCUCCGAACUCGGACAUGCAUCCGAUGCGAGUGCUGUUCCACAUCCCCAAGUCUCCUCCUCCAACGCUGAGCGGAGAUUUCUCCAAGAGCUUCAAAGAGUUCACCGAGGCCUGCCUCAACAAAGACCCUGCCUUUCGUCCCACAGCCAAGGAGCUCCUCAAACACAAGUUCAUCAUCAAACACUGUAAGAAGACGUCCUACCUCAGCGAGCUGAUUGACAGGUACAGGAGGUGGAAGGAGGACGGGCACAGCGACAGCAGCUCGGAAGAAUCAGACGGUGAGUCCAGUAAUAAGGAGAACAAUGAGUCUCCUGAGUGGUCAUUCACCACCGUCCGUAAGAAGAAGACGGAGGGCAGGAAGGUCCUCAAUGGAACGGGUCAGGAUCAGCUGAGUAAAUCUGCCAGUCUGACCACGGUCAUCUCUCCCGUCUUCACUGAGUUGAAGCAGCAGCACAAGGAGCACUCUGAGCAGCGAUUGGCCAUCGAGGAGCUGGAACGCAACAUCCGAUUGGCUGAAGAGGUCUGUCCAGGCAUCACAGACAGGAUGGUCAAACACAUCAUUGCCAGGUACCAGAAAUUCACGACCAAAUGAAGGACGGAUGGAUUGAAAAAAGGAAGUAGGUUAUUUGAAGAGAGACUGUGUCUCCAUACGGUGACGCUGCUGGAAGAUUGGAAACGGAGGAGAUUUGCUGUGCGAUGUCUCCUCGCUGUACACACACGACAAACACACACAACACACACACACACACACACACACUACUAAUGUAAUAUAUACACUCUAUAUAUAUAUAUUCACUGCUGCUGGUUGAAGUCCCUUUUUUCUCGAAAGACAGCUGCAUUUUUUAAAAUUUGAACUAGUCUGAAGUUUUGAAAAUAGAAUCUGAGUUGUCAGUUAAAUUUGUGGUUUUCGUUUCCCACAUUUAGGGUCAUGAACAUCUCUCUUUUUUUUUUUUUUUUUUUAUGGAAAAUUGAAUCAUUUCUUGGGCUUUAUUUUUGAAUACCUUUUAGAAUAAUAAGAAGACGUUUUGGUCUUAAUUUAAUUCAAGCAUAAGUCCCUAACUGAGUCUACUUAAGUUAUAUUUAAACUUCCUAAAUUACCAUCACGUGCCUUCGUUAUUUAUGCUGUCAGUCAUUUUCUAAAAGUAGACAUCACCUUUUUAAUGGAGAUGUCCUGUUUUUGUUGAAACCGCACACAGACAAAUAUAUAGAAGAGGGUUCUCGUCCAUCAGCAGUGGUAUGUUUUGUGUCAUGACUUGUUUUGACUUUGUAGGUGUCUAUAUGUUUGUUCACUAGCACUUGAGACGGAUUAUAUGCCAAUAUUACAUAUUUUUUGUUGUCUUCAGUAAUGCUUUAAAUUACAGUUCCCUGAUCCCGAGAGGUCACGUCUACCUUUCAAAGUCUAACACAUAAAAUAUUCCGUUGUCAGGGUUAAAUUUAGUAAUUUCAGCUCUGAUUUUACAGCAAUGGAAAUUAUAAAUGCUUUCAGAUAUGUACUCCACCACUGGAACAAUGCUGAACAUUUUUAUGUCAAAGUUUCCCCAGAGAAAAACCUGUUAAAACAAAUCAAUUUUAAGAAUCCAGACCUAUUUUUUGACACAUUUUUGGGAGCUACCAGACUCUAGCCUAGCUAGGCAGCUAGUAGCUUGCUAACAAGUAAGCUAGCUAGCUAACUGUUGUUGUAGCUGUUUUCAAAGUAACUAGCUAAAUUUAUUAUUUACUAUUAAGUAUGUCCAAACUAUUGCUAGAUAAUUUAAGUUACAACCUAAAUGCUCAAAAUGGCUGCCAUUUGAAUAAGAUCAGUGAAGUUACUUGUGUUUGGUAACACAACUAGUAGCAUUGCACAACCGUUAGCGUAAAAAAAUUUGUGGUCCAAAUAAAGGGUGGUAAAUCUCAUGUUUGCCUUUGGUCUAGCAGUAACUUGGUUAAGAUGUAAUUCUGGGAUUCAUUUUCUGGGGUGUUUUGUAGUUCAAAACGUAUCUGGUUGGAAUAAGAUUUCAGUGAUGGAAAUGAAACAAAAUAAAAAAUUUCCGGCGUCUGCAAGCAAGGCACAACCGCAUCGAGGUCUUACACUCCUCCUGCAAAGACUGUGUCCUUUUUCUAUAUGCAUCAAGUUUGGGAAACUGUCUGUCAACUUGUGUUUCAAAGUUGAUUUUUAAUAUAAUGUUUGAUGUGCGAGGACGUCGAUUUUUAUAUCUAACAUUGGAAAGUAGCACAGGUCCUUUUCAAGAGCAUGACGGGAGCUGUAAUCAAAGGUAUUAUUGAUAGUUUGUACCAAAGACACUAUAAAACUUGGUCAAUGUAUAUUUUUGUCUUUUUAUAUAUCAUAAGAGAUACAAUGCUUGUUGAGGGGGAAAAUGUACAAUGAAAGAUGUAAGAUUUUACAGAAAUGUACUCUCUUUUUUUGUAGUGGGACUUAGAGUUUUAUGAAUAAAUAUUUAAGUUUGAUUGAGAAA